AAUAACUGAGGCGGUAAGACUAAACCGAAAGAGGAAGGUGUGGGAAGUAAAGGGAGUUUUAAAUGGUUAAUCCAUGCAUACAGUCUAAAUAUCUAACGUUGUCUUUAAUAUUUAAAUAAUUAUAUAUUUCAUUUGGGACAAGACAGCAAAUAAUUAAGAUGGCAGCAUUAAUGGGACGGACUGAAGUUGGCGUGAAGAAGUUUGGGGGGACGGUGACAAUCCCUGAUGACCCUAAAGCGCGCCUCAUGUACUAUCUCGACUGUGUAUGUGUCAUUCUCGACAUGAGUGCUACAGCAAACCUAGCCAAGUUAAGGAACUAUAAACAAUAUAACAUGUUGACGGAGGCGGAGACGGACGCUCUUGUGUCUCUUUGCUUUCUCCUCUCACCUGACGAGCUUAACGACAAGGUCAUGAUUCUGGACGAUGCCAUGUGUGGGGACAGUCCGAACGCCUUUUACGAGAUCAGUGCGGUCCGCCACAACCUGUUGGUGACAAACAGUAUCCUUAUAGGUGGACAACAGCGCGCAGUCUCCAAAAUCAUGGUAUACAAACGUCAAUGGGUUUUGAACUACUGGAUAACACCGAUGCAAGCGUUCGCAGGUCGCCUAGCGAGGAUUGCGACCGGUGGAGCGGCACCUCAGCAAUGGCCGGCCAUUACGUACAACCAACUAGCCACCGGACAGCAGCGUAGAUCGGACACCGGCAACGACUGCUGCUGUACUAUUCUUUAGUCCGAAUUCAUUAUUAUGUAUGCGUUUUAAAGUGACACUCUUAUUUAAAAUAAAUACAAACACAUGUAUACCAAACAUCAAUUUUGACUGAUAUACCUUUAUCUACUUUCUAAAUAAUGCAUUAAAUGAAAAUAUUAAUUACUGAUAACAAUAUUGUAACCAUGUAUUUAAUAGCAGAAAGCGCAAGUGAAUGAUAAAAGAUAUACUGUUGUCAACUAUAGUCUCAUAAGGUAGACAUACCGUGGUUUAUGCUAAUUUCUUUCAAAUUUAACUCGAUAUCCUACGUAAGAACCAUUGUUUUCGAUAUUUAUUCAUCCUUUUAUGAACUUUAAAACAAUAUAAUAAAUUUGGGUUAAUCUUU